AUGAGGCGUUCAUUGUGUGAUAUGCUGAACCGGCCAAAAAACCUUCUUCGGGAACGGGAACUAUAUACUGUUCAAUCUGAAAAAGUAGACGAGGAGAUUAGCAAUUCAUGUGAGGACAUUAAACAACGUGGAACAUAUCCGGAAAAUCCUGGAAGUGAAGAUGAAGAAAAAUUCCCAAUCGUUUUCAUUCGAGCCUAUUACGUCCAGAAAAUGCUAUUCAAUUUAAUGUAUGCUUCACAGAAUUUAUAUUACUACGCACUGGACAGUAAAUCCAGUGACCUCUUCCAUGAACAUAUGAGAAAUUUGUCGAAAUGUUUCUCAAAUGUAAUUUUAACGGGGACUGAAUAUGAAGUGGACAGCGCAGGACAUAAUAUGAUCAGAAGUUGUAUGGUUGGAAAUUGCGUGGCAAAAACCGAAAUGGAAAUAUGCUAUUUUACUCCAGGUAUAUAA